CUUUUUUGAACAGAGCAUUUGACCUCGUUUAGACAUAACAUUUUCGUAAAGACCAGAAGCAACUACAAGCAUGGCUAACGAAGACGAGAAAGUCGAGAUAUGCCGUUUGUGUGGAAAAGAGUCUCGAAACUGUUUUCCAAUAUUUCAAGACGAAGAUAAUAUUCUUGAAAAAAUAAAUAUAUGUUUACCGAUCGAUAUUUCUCCGGAUGAUAAAUUGCCUUCCAGUUUAUGCAGAUGUUGCUCAUAUCGUUUAAGUAUUAGUUAUGAAUUGCGUUGUACUGCAAUUGAAGUAGAUGAGCGUCUGCGAAUGCAAUUAUAUCAAAGGCAGAGCGAUGUUUACACAAAUAAAGAUACAAAUAACUUUUCAGAGAACUUUCUAAAUAUUAAACGAAAAAUUAUAGACGAGGAGAACGUUCUGCAUUAUCAAAAUGAUAUACAAGAGAUCAGAGAUAAAAUAAAUAUUGAUAAUGAUUGGAAAACAAAUCGAGAAGAUAUCGAUGAAAUUAGUAACGAAAUGGAAAUUGUUACUUCAAUGGAAAAUAACGAAACGGCAGCGUCAGUUAAUUCAGUGAAUGAAAUUGAUAUUGUUGAAAUGAAAUAUGAAGAUGUGAUAGAAGCCUCGAUAGAAAAAACUGAUAACAUCUCUGACUUUGUUAAAAAUAAAACUGCAAACGACUGUCAAAGAUUUUCGGAACAUCAGACUCUCGAGCAAAAUUCUAGCGCUCUAGCGGAACAUAUACGAGAGAUCCACGAUUUACAGUCGCCCAAUAAACUCAAUACGAAAGAGAAAUAUGUCUGCAAAUUCUGCGAUAAGAAGUUCAAUUCAUGGAGGUUGUGGAAAAAUCAUGAAAGAAUUCACACUGAAGAAACGCUCAAUUCGAAAUGUCACAAAUCCUUUCGAUCUAAUCGAUCGAUAUCGCAUCAUAUCCAACGUGAACAUAAAAAGAAGGAGUAUGUGUGUGAUCAGUGUGGAAAAUGUUACAGUUCGUACAAAUCGAGAUGGGAUCACGUACAACGUGAACAUAAAAAGAAGGAGUAUGUGUGCGAUCAGUGCGGAAAAUGCUUCAAUUUGCGCAGUUCGAGAUGGCAUCAUGUACAACGUGAACAUAAAAAGAAGGAGUAUGUGUGUGAUCAGUGCGGAAAAUGCUUCAGGUAAAAUUAUCUUUUGUAAAAAUAAAUUAGCAU